AUGGGCGACACCCCACUGGCCUCGCUGUCCUUGACUCACGUUCAUUACAACCCCGAGGAUCCGUUGUCCUUUGCGUCGGCAUGGCUGGCUCUACUGCCUCAGGCUCUGUGCGUCUCCUAUGCCACCCUGGUCUGGGCUUCGAGAGAGAUGGAGGUGAUCCUCAUGUUCGCUGGACAACUGGGUUGUGAAGCGUUGAACUUUGUGUUAAAGCGCAUCAUCAAGGAAGAGCGACCCAAGGAAAUGUUCGGUAAAGGUUAUGGCAUGCCAUCCUCCCACGCCCAGUUUAUGACCUAUUUCGCCGUCUACUUGACCCUCUUCCUUGUGUUCCGACACACUCCAUCCUACGCAGGCUCCUACCCUUACUCCGAUUUCCUGCUCCGGAGUGUUCUGACAGUGGGGCUUUGUGCCAGCGCGGUCGCGGUUUCGACCAGUCGCGUCUACCUGAGCUACCAUACCCCCCGACAGGUACUGGCGGGCUCUGCAGCUGGCCUCUUAUGUGCCUGUGGCUGGUUUGCGGUCACCGGCCUGCUCCGAAGCUCAGGUUGGAUCGACUGGGCGACAGACCUGACGCUAUCUCGUCUUUUGCGCAUUCGUGAUCUGGUGGUCAGUGAAGAUUUGGCCGAGGCCGGCUGGCAACGAUGGGAAGCUCGGAGGUUGAAAAAGCGCCACAGUGAAACAGGCAAAUCGGACUGA